AUGGCCGACGGCCGUGAUGCUGACUCAAAACAACAAACAGUCGAUAGCUGGGCAGCGACUAUCCGGGCUAAAUUCAACGCUGUUUGCCAGAAGUGGUGGGAGCAAUUAGUGGAGAAGAAUCUACCUCCUGCUCCGACACCAGCCACAAUGGCAUCGCAUCAACGAGCACCCCUGCGAGCCCAGCCGAGAUGCCCAAACAAAAGCAGUUAUACCACAGGAGCGGUUAAGCGGCACAUAGAAAGAAGCGACAAAGGAGCAACAGAUGCUCCAGCAGCACCCAAGCAACGGCAACAAAGCCACACACGAGAGAAUUCCAAGGACACCCCCCAACCCAGCAGAGACACUGAAAUCCCAAGGGGUUGA